AUGGAGCCAGAAGCUGCAGAACCAGCAGCAGCAGCAGCUGCUGCUGCUGCUGCAGCAGCAGCAGGAACAGAGGAGGGUCUGCUGCCUUUCGGGUGGGGGUUGUCUUUGCUGCUGGCUGCUGAGCUCUCCGUCCUUUUUGCCAUUAUUAUUUCCUUCUGCGUAUGCAAGAAGGGGGUCCCGCAGGCAGGCGUGGGGUCUUUGCUGCAGUUCAUUGGGGGCGGCAGCGACAGCUGGCUGCGGCUGUCUUUGUCUUUCUUUGCAUGCUCUGUGGGGUCUUGGAUUAUCUUUUUGCCUCCAGCUUUGAGUUGGGAAGCAAAGUCAAUUGUUAUUUGCUGCUUGUAUGCUGCUGCUGCUGCUGCUUCCCCGCUGCUGCUGGGGCUGCUCGCCCCCAAGGUGCAGGCUGCGCUCCGAGACCUCAAGCAGCAGCAGCAGCAGCAGCAGCUGCUGCUGCUGCAGCAGCAGAAAGAACGCAAGCGUCUCCUCCUUACGGCCAGGAACAGGCUUAGAGAUGCACGCAAGCAGCAGCAGCAGCAGCAGCAGCAGCAAGAACAGCAGCAGCAGCAGCAGCAGAAAGAGCUGGAGCUCGCGGGCACCCUAAUGGCUACUACCGCCAGCAGCUGCUGCCUUACCGCCGUCGAGCUGCAGCAGCAGCAGCAAGAGGAGCAGGAGGAGCAGCGGCAAAAGCAGCAGCAGCCCGAAGAGGAGCAGCAGCAGCAGCAAGAGGAGCAGCAGCAGCAGCAGCAAGAAGAGCAGAAGCAGCAGCAGCAGCAGCAAGAAAAACAGCAGGAUAGUGAGGGCGAAGCUCCUCUUGAGGUGCAGCAGCGGCAGGAUUUUGGCCUAGUGGAGUUUGUGCUACUCCGCUUUGGGCGUCUCCACCACGUGUGUCUGUCUGCUGCUGCUGCGCUGUCGAUGCUGCUGUCAGCAGCAGGAGAAGCAGCAUUUGUUGCUGCUGCAGCACAGCUGCUGUGCCCCUCUUUGCCUGCUGCUGCAGUGUCGGGGAGUGUGCAGUUUGCUGCUUUUAUUUAUUCGUUUUUGUUUGGCUACAGAGCUUCUCGCUUCACGGACCUGCUGCAGCUGCCGCUGCUGCUGCUGCUGCUGCUGCUGCUGCUGCCGUACGCGGUGCACGCAGCAGCAGCAGCAGCAGCAGCAGGCACGCUGCAGCCCCUGCUGCACUGCAACACAAAUGGACUUGUUGCAGGACUUGUUAUGCUGCUGUCUUAUCCUCCAGCUUAUAUAAUAGACCAAGCAGUUUGGGCGCGGGCUGGGAGAGCAAAGACGCAGCAGCAGCUGCAGCAGGCUGUUGCUGCUGCUGCUGCUGCAGUGGCGCCGGUGCUGCUGUUCGUGGGCUUCACGGGCGUGGUGGCUGCUGCUGCCUUCGAGCGGCAGACGGCGGCGGCAGCAGCAGCAGCAGGCUCUGCUGCGGAAGCAGCAGCAGCAGCAGAAGCAGCAGAAGCAGCAGCAGCGGCCGUCGGCAGGGCGCCCCUCUUCUCGCUCUUCAGCAGCAGCAGCAGCAGCAACUUGCUGCUCUCCUCCUUCGUUUUUGCUGCUGCUGCGCUGCUGGCCCUGAGCUCCGCAGACGCAGCACAGAAUGCUUUGCCGUGGAUCAUUGCAGCAGACAUCCUGGGCAGGCACAUGCCCCCCAGCAGCAGCAGCAGCAGCAGCAGCAGCAGCAGGGGGGAGAAGGCGCUGCGGGCGUACCGCUUCUGGGGCUUUUUGCUGCUGCAGCUGCCUUGUUUGCUGCUGGCAAUUAGCUGGAGCGACAACUUAGUGGUUUUGUUUCUAGUUUCGAACUUUGUGUCUGCUGCUGUGCUGCCGCCGCUGCUGCUGGGGCUGCGCAGCAGCACGACAGCAGCAGCAGCAGCAGUGGGCAUGCUCUGCGGUGUACUGACAGUGCCCCUCUGCGGCUUCAUUUGCAUGCGCUCUUUUGCUGCUGCUUAUCUGUGGUUUGUUGUGCCUUGGGGGGUUUCGCAUGCAGCAACUGCUGCUACUUUUGCUGCUGUUCCUGCUGCUGCUGCUGCUGCCACCCUCGCCUGGUCCUGGGCCUUCCCCUGCCGCAGCAAAGCAGCAGCAGCAGCAGCAGCAGCAGCAGCAGCAGCAGCAGCGCCAGCAGCAGACACGGCAGCAGCAGACGCCCAAGCGGCGCCCGCCGUUAAGCUCGACAUACACUCCGAACCAGAAAAUGAACAGCAGCAGCAGCAGCAGCAGCAGUAG